GUGCCACUGUGCACAUAUUUCGAAAAAAACAUUGAUAUCAUGCGACCAACCGCAUCGGCAUGACGAGAAAACAUACGAGAUAACGAGAACCAAAGAAAUUGAGUAUUGCUACUAAAGAAACCUUCAAUGUGAAUUUGUAAGAGAUUCUACAGCACCUGGUUUUCUUCAUCGCCAAACCAUUUUAGUUUGUUUAUACCCAUAUUCCGAUAUCGCACACGCACACAAACAUAUACAGACAUACAGUCUGGCAUCUCUUUAUGCCUUUAACCUGGAGGUGUAAUGAGCUGAUUCGUUGAGCUAGCGUCUAUUGCAGGAUUGGGCUGUUCAAUUAUGUCGUCCAGUAGAAGCCAGGCUGAGAUUUGAAUGCGUAAAUGAUAUUCAAUGGAGUAUUUGGUGGGAAAGACACCCGCGGAUUAAAUUAAUUGAAUAUCUGGCAGCUGGGUUUGAUUUCGUGUUCAUCUUAGAGUUAAGAGUAAAAGUUUCUUUUUAAUUUGCGACUGAGGAAGGACCUUGUUCUUCUGAACGGCUUGCAGUUGAAGAGUUUAAGAUUUUUUUUCCCCAUAUGUAUAGAAAAAGAAGCUAAUAGGGGGAGCUGGAUUCAAGUGUGAGGUGUAAGAAGUUUGAUGCGCAAGUUUUCGUGUUAAAGGCACAUUCUCUGCUUCUUUAAUAGUUUAAUCAAGUGAGAGAUUUUUGUGCUGAAAGCUAACUCUUGGAUAAAAAGAUGGCCUCUGAGCUUGUUAGUUCUGCAACGAGUGAAAAACUUGAGGAAACAGACUGGGCGAAAAACAUUCAGAUUUGUGAGUUAGUUGCUCGUGAUCACAGUCAAGCUAAAGAUGUUAUUAAAGCAAUAAAGAAGCGCCUCGGGAAAAAGAACCCAACUACUCAAUUGUUGGCUGUGACGUUGCUGGAGAUGCUAAUGAACAACAUUGGAGAUCCUGUUCACAAGCAGGUUAUAGACAUAGGGGCUCUCCCAAUUCUUGUAAAGAUAGUAAAGAAAAAGUCAGAUGUACCUGUAAGGGAGAAGAUUUUUCUUCUUCUAGAUGCUGCACAGACUUCAGUUGGCGGGGCUUCUGGGAGAUUCCCUCAGUACUAUUCUGCGUACUAUGAGUUGGUGAAUGAAGGAGUGCAGUUUUCUCAAAGAUCAAAUACAGUCCCAAAAGAGCAUCACCCAUCAUCCAAUGAGGGCAGGGUUAACCUUUUUGAGACAAAACCACCUCAGCCAGAAAAGAGUGAUGUAAAAGAAGAACCUAAAAAAGUUUCCGAUUCAAGUAUUCUGCAGAAGGCCAGUGCAUCAAUGGAAGUCCUAAGAGAUGUCCUCGGUGCUGUUGGCACCCAACAUUCCGAGGGAGCAAGGGAUGAGUUCACACUUGAUCUUGUGGAGCAAUGCUCAUUUCAGAAGCAGAGAGUAAUGCAUCUUGCAAUGACGUCUCGGGAUGAAAAGGUUGUGUCUAAAGCAGUUGAGAUAAAUGAACAACUAGAUAUGGUGCUUAAAAGGCAUGAUGCUCUUGUUUCGGUUCAUCCAACCCAGAUUUCAUCUCAUGUUGACUAUGAACAAGUGGAGGUAGAGGACGCUGAGCAGCUUUCCCGAAGGAUGAGAAAAGGAAAAGCUCUCCUUCAACCUAAAGAUGAAGAACGGCCAUUGGGAAUGCUUGGAUCAUCCAUUCCAGGAAAAUUGCUUCACCGUCCACUCAUAAGGCCAAUCCCAUCUUUAGACCAGAAACAAGAGCGUGAUCCAGGGAAAGCAGCAGCUGCUGCUGCAAUUCCACCACCACCUGCAAAACAUGCCGAGAGGGAAAAGUUCUUUCAAGAAAACAAAUUAGACGGUUCUGCUUUAUCUGGUCACAUCAGACGUCUCUCCUUACAUAGUCGCACCGCCAGUAGCUCCCAUAGCAGCAGUGUUGAUUUUAGCGAUGACUGAGCAGUGAAUAGAGCACCCCUCAACGUGUGACUCUUUCACUUUCACAGUUUACUGGAACAUGCUAAGUAUGGAUUUGUGUAUAUUGUUGUCGGUUAUCAUUUUGGUUUGGCAUUUGAUGGAAAAGGAUGUUGCAUUGGAGUUAACAUUCAAGUUUCUCUUUUUGUUCAUGAUUCCCUGUUUGAGAGGAAUACAUGAAUGUUAUGAUGCCCUUUACCUGUACAAUGCACAUAUGACAAGUAGGAAUAAGUUUAAAUUACCUCAUAAUUUGUUUAAUAUGUAAUAAGACCUGGUUUAUCUCAAUACGCCUCACAUUAUAAAUACUAGUGAUCCAGUCUAAGGGAGUGUUUGCAA